AUAUAAAUUUAGUUAAUGGUUUUGUUACACUCUCUAGUACAUUGUGGACAGCUUACUUUGUCUUUAUUAAUAGGUUCUUCUGUUAUGAAGGAAAAAAGACGGCAUCGAUCUCACAAGUUUCUGUGUCUCAGGGUUGGAAAACCUAUGAGAAAAACAUUUGUUUCUCAAGCAAGUGCAACAAUGCAACAGUAUGCACAAAGGGACAAAAAACAUGAGUACUGGUUUGCUGUUCCACAAGAAAGGACAGAUCACUUGUAUAUCUUCUUUAUCCAGUGGAGUCCAGAAAUAUAUGCAGAAGAUACUGGGGAGUCUCUUCGGGAACCUGGAUUUAUAGUGGUAAAAAAGAAAGAAGAGCCUGAAACUAGUGAAGAAUCAAGUACUGAAGAUGCUGCUAAAGAAUGGGAGGUAGUGUCAGUGGCUGAGUAUCACCGCAGGAUCGAUGCUCUAAAUAGCGAAGAACUGCGCACACUCUGCAGACGUCUCCAGAUAACAACAAGAGAAGAUACCAAUUCAAAACAGGCAACAAAUAUCAAAACAGACCUGGAGCCUGAAGCAUUCCGGCCAAAUCUUAGUGAUCCAAGUGAAUUACUACAACCAGAACAAAUUGAAAAGCUCACAAAGUCUCUUCCACCACGGACUAUUGGCUAUCCAUGGACUCUUGUCUACAGUACUGCAAAGCAUGGCAUGAGCUUGAAGACCUUGUAUCGGACAAUGAUGGGAUUAGACACACCUGUGCUCUUGGUUAUCAAAGACAGUGAUGGACAGGUUUUUGGUGCACUAGCAUCUGAACCAUUUAAAGUAAGCGAUGGCUUCUAUGGCACUGGGGAGACCUUUAUGUUCACUUUUUCUCCAGAUUUUGAGGUUUUUAAAUGGACAGGAGACAACAUGUUCUUCAUUAAAGGAGACAUGGACUCUCUUGCUUUUGGUGGAGGAGGAGGAGAGUUUGCUCUUUGGCUUGAUGGUGAUCUCUACCAUGGAAGAAGUCAUUCAUGUAAAACAUUUGGGAAUCACACACUUUCUAAGCGAGAAGACUUCACUAUUCAAGACAUAGAAAUAUGGGCUUUUGAAUAAGUAUUUCACUAUUUCUACAGGUUAUUGUCCCAAACCUGACAUGAAUCAGUGCAGCUUAAAAAUCCCUAGGAGCAAUAUAAUGUAUUUUACUUAUCUGGGUUUUUUUGGGGUUUUUUUCUAAUUUUUCAGUGUGGCCAUUAGUUAUUAUUUUUAAAUAGAAGUUUUUUCAUGCUCUUGCAUCUGUAAUAUACUGUCAUACUUUUUCUAAGCUAUAGACUCUUUUACAAAAUAUUGACCUUGUGGACUAAAAAUUAACAUUAGUUACUUUGCGCCUUGUGGCCUGCAAAAUUUUCUUAUCCGUAUUAUGAUUGCCUCCCAGGUUUCCCACACACACCUUUCCUGCAAUCCUGCUAGGGGGCUGCUUCAUUGAAUAUAGCUUCUUAUUUUUGUAUUCAAAUUAUGUCUAUGAAUGAAGUUGCCCUCUGUGAACCUCUAAGAAAGCUGCGUGUGGGUAUUUGGCAGCAGCACUGCAGAGAUCCAGACCAAUGAUGGGUUAUUCCAGUGGUGCCACAAAUGGGUGAGAAACUGAGCAUUCCUUCUUAACACAUCCCAGUACACACAUGGUGAAGUUAGAAGAUAUUCAAAGUCAACAGUGCCACUUGUCUUGUUUCUUGUUCAUGUGUAGAAAAAAGUCAGUUAAUAUGUGUUGUAGCUGCAUGCUGAUUGUAUUUAAAGAGUGUUUUUGCACAUGCUGUUAAUGAUCCGCAGGUUUGGGACAAAUACUGACAAUAUUGAGCUAAGUGGCAAAGACUACAAAAUAGCAAGUGAAUGUAAGAAUAUGAUAGUUCCAAAAACUUAAAAGGCUAAAGCAAGCAAAACUCAGUGAACAAUUUGUAGCUAUAGUAGGGCAUUAAAAGUACAGAAACAGAUGCAUCUUUCUUCAACAUAAAGUGUCAGAUAUAUACUGUUAUACUGUUGUAGCCGUGUAGCACAUCAGCUCCAAGAAUAUAGCUUAUUCCUGUCCAAAGAAAAGAAUUAUUUGUGAUGUUUUUGAGUGGGUCUAUGUUGUAAAUUUACAAUUAGCACCAGCUCUGAUUAAAAUGACAUCAUGUAUCAUAGGUAGACAAUAUUGUAAUUCAGUAGAGUUGUGGAAUAUGCAAACUUACUGUCAUGUGACCUCAAAAAAUAAAUGACAGGCUAGAAUACAGUUCCAGUAGCUCUUGUCCACUUUUGUAGAAAACUUGAUAAGCCAUUGUGGCAAUAACAGCUCAACAAAACUGUUUGUUUCAAAGCUUUUAUUCUAUGUUCUGCAAAAAAAACAAAGCAAAACAAAAAAAGAACAAAAAAAUUGCUGUUAAGUGUGACAGUGACUGACUUUGUGCUGAAAUUUCAGCUAUUUCAGACAAACAUUGUAUAUUUUCUUGUAAAUUAAUGUUUAAAGUAGUUUUGUUAUUAUAGAAAAGUGUUGAUUGACGGGUUGCUUAUAGCACUUUAAAUUAUUCUAGAAAUGGAAUAAAAGCCAAAAGGGUUGGCUUACAUAGAUGUAGUUGUAUAUUUCAAAAUAUUUACAUUUCUGGAAAGUUAAAAAAAAAAAAAAAACUUAUUUGAAGACAGCUUACUGCUAUGGUAACAAGAAAGGGCAGAUGUUUCAUCUAUAAUAUGCUAAUGCUCAAUAUGAAUAGAAAAACAGGGCUUUGUUUCCUGUCUCUAUGUAUAUCUCUUUAUCCUUAUUAGAACUUAGUACAAUGUGUAGAGUAAAUGUUUACAAAAUAAGGAACUGUAAAUAAAUUGAAAUGGCUUUUCUCCCCUUUGGUCUUCCACAGCAGUAUUAUUGUCUUUGUGGAGUUACAACUGAUUAUUACAACAACAACAAAAAAAUCCUGUAAUGGAUUUCAAGUACUAUAAGCUCACAGUGAUGUAUAGCAAAUAAAUCUAAAUAUAUGUAAAAAUAA